AUGCCAGUCCCUCCUCCUCCUGUUGGUGUAUCCCCUCCUCCUCCACCAACCAACGUCGUGGCUGUGAAACCUCCUUCCUCAGCAGGUCGUGCCAAUCUUCUCUCUGAUAUCGAAAAGGGUAAAAAGUUGAAAAAGGUUCCAGAGAGUCAGAAGAAUAUUCGAGAUGGUGCAUUGAUUGAAACACCAAAAGGUGGUGGUGGAAUGAGUGGUGGUAGUAGUUAUGGUGGUGGUUCCUCUGGUGGUGGUGGUAGUGGUGGUAUGGGUGGUUUUGUUCCAACUGGUAAUCCAAUGAUGGAUGAAAUCAGGAGAAAGCAAUUGAGUAAAGCAUCAGGAGGUGGUGGUGGAAUGAGUGGUUCUUCUCCAAGUGUGCCAUCUUCAAAGCCUUCCUUUGGUAAACCUCCAGUAGUGGUUCCAAGUACAACAACCUCCUCUAAUAAUUCAACGAUCAUGACCAGUGGUGGAUUUAAACCUCCAGUGCCAGGUGGUUCACUCAAAUCAACUCCACCUCCACCAUCCAUUCCGAGCCGAAAACCUCCUUCCUUUGAUGAUGAUGAUAAUAAUAGCCAAAAUAAUAAUAACGAGGUCGAUCGUUCUCCAAGAUACAAUAGCUCCUCGCAACCUCCACAAGUACUUUCUCGUGGUGUGCCUCCACCUGUUCCAUCAUCCCGUGGUACUCCAGUACCUGGCUCAAGAAAUGGAGUUUCAAGUACUUCUCAACCACAACAACAACCUCCACAAGUACCUUCUCGUGGUGUGCCUCCUCCAGUGCCUGGAUCAAAGCCUUCUUCGGUUUCUCCACCAAGUUCGGAUCAAUCACCACCACCAACAACAACAUCAUCAUCAUCAAGCUAUUCUUCACCAUCUUCAAAUAAUGCAAGACCGGUGUUGCCUUCAUCGAAUAAGGCUCUUAGUUGCAAGCCAAUGGUUCCUCCUCCUUCAUCACUCCCUUCGUUAAGUGUUCCUGGAGGAAAUAGCCCAAACGCUCCUCCAAAACCAGCCUCUCGAUUUGGUAGCUCCAGUAAUCUCAAUAGUGGCAACAAUGAAAGCAGUACAAGCAGCAACUCGUACGGAGGAGGUUAUUCACCAUCAUCCACCUCAAAACCAAACCCUCCAAGUGUUCCUCCAUCAAAACCUGUUCCACCAACUAUUCCUUCAAGUAAGCCUCCAACCACUCCAUCAAGACCAACAGCAGGAAAAGUUGGAUACCAACCAUCUUCCUCCUCGACAUCUUCCUAUCAGGAUAAUGAUGAUGCAGAUGAACAAAUUCAACAAGCCACAACGAAAAUGCACAAUUUUGUACAACAAAAAGGAUAUAAGGACAUCAACCAAGUGACUGACAGAGAUAUGAACGAUUUUGAAAAGACCAGAAUUUCAACUGCCAACACUGUUCCACUUAAAUCCAGUGCUGCCAUUGACGAAAUUGAAAGACUUGCCUCUCUCUUGCAACGAGGUCUCAUCGAUGAAGAGGAAUUCGCUGCCAUGAAAAAGAAAGUCAUUUUCAACAACUAA